GAAUGACUCUUCAAGCUGAUCGAUCAAGAAUUUAAAGUCUACCUAAACUAAACCCAACACAAUUUCGCAGUCGCAUUAUCGAAAUCAUUCCCGCGAGGAUCAAGUAGUCGAAAUCAUGGCGGACCUAGCAGAAAGCACUGCUAAGCUGCAGCUCGACGAGGAGACGGGGGAGAUGGUCUCCAAGGCAGAAUUGAAGAAACGAUUAAAGAAGCGUGAAAAGGCAAAGGCUAAGGAAGCCGCAAGGAGCGAGGUGAAGAGCGAGGAGAAAUCUAAACCGGCACCGAAGCCCAAAGCGACCGUAGAAGAACCAGCAAUCGAUCCCAAUAAUAUGUUCAAGACCGGCUUUCUUGACGAGGUCUUCAAGAUCAGACCUAUGAAACCCGUUUUCACCCGUUUCCCUCCCGAGCCGAACGGGUUUCUCCAUAUAGGACACGCAAAGGCCAUCGCGGUGAACUUUGGUUUUGCUAGAUACCACGGGGGCGAGUGCUAUCUUCGUUACGAUGACACCAAUCCGGAGGCCGAGGAGCAGGUCUACUUCGAUGCUAUUCUCGAGAUGGUAGAAUGGCUCGGCUUCAAGCCCUACAAGAUUACCUACUCGUCCGACAACUUCCAGAAACUUUACGACCUCGCCGAGAAGCUGAUAGGACUCGAAAAAGCCUACGUGUGCCAGUGUAGCGACACCGAGAUUAAACUCCAGCGCGGAGGCGAAAAGGGAACUGCUGGUCCGCGUUACCGUUGCAAGCAUGCCGAGCAACCCGUCGAGGAGAAUCUGAAGAAGUUUAGGGGCAUGAGAGAUGGACAGUACAAGCCUCAGGAGGCCUUCCUCAGGAUGAAGCAAGGUUCCAUCACGGAUGGCAACCCGCAGAUGUGGGACUUAGCAGCUUACCGAGUCCUUGAUAAACCGCAUUAUCGCACCGGAGAUACCUGGAAGAUCUACCCAACUUACGACUUUACACACUGUCUGUGCGAUUCAUUUGAGGGAAUCACCCAUUCCCUAUGCACUACGGAAUUUGGUACAGAAUACGGUAGACUGUCAAUUUCUGGCACGAUCCUCUCGAAGCGCAAAAUCCUGAAGCUCGUAGCAGAGAAGAUUGUACGAGGGUGGAAUGAUCCUCGCCUUUAUACGUUAAUCGGCAUCAAGCGAAGAGGUGUUCCACCUGGCGCUAUUCUAGAAUUCGUCAACGAGCUUGGCGUGACAACUGCAAACUCCGUCAUUGAAAUCAAGCGCUUCGACCAAGCUAUCAGGAAGUACCUGGAACGAACGGUGCCGCGGUUGAUGCUUAUUCUAGAUCCCAUCCCUGUAGUCAUCGAAGAUGCCGACGACCUCGACGGGAAGAGUCUUGCGUUUCCAUUUAGUCCAAAAGACCCUAAGAUGGGCUCCCACGAUGUCACAUUUAGCAAGACUAUUUACAUCGACCGCUCAGAUUUCAGAGAGGACGCAGAUCCAUCAUUCUUCCGCCUUGCUCCCGGAAAGACUGUCGGACUUCUUCAAGUACCGCAUCCGAUAAAGGCAGUGUCGUUCACCAAAGACGACGCAACAGGAAAAGUUACCGAAAUUCGGGCAGUAUUUGACAAGGAGACGAAGAAGCCAAAGGCGUAUAUCCAAUGGGUUCCGACCGAGGCGGCUGGUACUCGAAAAGCGGAAGUCAGAAUCUACAACUCGCUGUUCAAGUCCGACAACCCCAAUGAGGCACCAGGAGGAUUCCUAAACGAUAUCAACCCGGAUAGCGAGGUAAUCUACCCGAACGCGUUAGUCGAGUCUGGGUUCGAUGAAGUUAGGAGGAGGGCGCCGUGGCCAGAAGCAGCAGGCGAAAGCGAGCUUGGUAAGGGAGGACCCGAGAGCGUCCGUUUCCAAGCGAUGCGCAUCGCAUACUUCGCGAUGGACUCUGACUCGACCGACGAUCGUAUUAUUCUCAACAGAAUAGUGGCAUUAAAGGAGGACGCGGGAAAGAGUUGAAGUGUGCAAUGAUAACUGACUCUUGAUACCAGGGGGAUACUGGGGAGAUGGGUAGUGCCGUGCCUAGCUCACACGAAGGGGUGUAAGUUCAUCAUAUAGGCUAGCCGUAAGUAUGAUGAAUGCUUAAUCCACUUCAAUCCGUUACGCAGGCAGUUUCUAUAUUAAGUACUUUUACUUGUCGAUAGCGUAGACUAGAAGAAAUUCGUGUAUUUGUUGCUCUUUAUGCAGCUACGAUAUCAACAACCUCUUCACUUGGAGCCGAUAAAAUACUAAUAUAUUCGGCGUGGUACUAUAUCUCCGAUGAUGAGUGUACCCGUUGCAGCAUAAUGCCUGCCAAGUUGGUGGUGUUGUGGCGGUGCAAGCUGGGG